AUGAGAUCGUACAAGGCCAUUACUGAUGAGAACUUGAUUAGUCGACAGUCACGAGGAAAGCAUGCAUCACAAGCAGCUACGAAAUCAGCAACAAUGACAGCUGCUACUGGUGCAACGACAUUGAGUGCACCCUCAGCACUGUCGAAUCAUCCACAACACAACCAAGCUAUAGCCAAGGCCAAAUCGCGGUUAUCCACCGGUCUGCACCACCAACGUGAAGCAUUGACUGAUGUGACUGCACAAGAAAACUCCAAGUCAGCAAUGCAUUACCAACCACAACUUCAUUCGCACCAAACCUCACACCAAACUUCACACCAGCAUCGUCACCACCCACACCACAGCAGCAGCAAUAGUAUUGGUAGCAACCAUAGCAAUAGUGGAAUGACCACUGCUACAAUAAACCAAUCCAAAAUUCAAGUUUACAAACAACAAGCAGCACAGAGUAUACACCAGAACAAACGUCAAAGAGUUCACAAAACAAACACACACGGGUAUGAUGAGAUAACUGAUACUGAUGGUAAUGAUGAAGAAGAUGAAGAAGAGGAAGAAGAAGAAAAAGAAAAAGUAGGAGAGGAUAUUGACAAUGAUCGUGGUGAUGCGGGGAGUUCCGAAGUGGAAGAAAGACGUGUGAAACAACAAUUCAAAGGGUCACGUUAUGAUGAUGAAUAUGGAUAUAGAAAAAGAGCAAACUAUUAUCAAGAAAAAGAAGAAGAAAAAGAAGAAGAAAAAGUAGACGAAGAAGAGGAUAAGGAAAACAAGUUUGGCGAUUACCUAAACACACUGGAUUUACCAACCCAUGACCAAGAGGGCGAUGCAACACUUUUGCGAUCCAUAGAAGUUGAGCAAGAAACAGAGAAGGAACAAGAAAGGGAUGAAAUAGAGCCUGUGGACUAUCUGCGAAUGAUCAACGACGAACCUCUUGAUGAACACGAAGAAGUCGAUGUUGCUGAAGAAGAGCUCAAACACCAACAACGAGUCAGAUCAGAAAAUAAACAUGUUCCAAUGAAACCAAUUUACACACCCUCGAGCCACGCAGAGCUCAGACGAAUCGUUGCCAAAUAUUCACGUGACACUCUAGACCCCGAAGAUGAAGACACUUAUGACGCUACAAUGGUUGCCGAAUAUGCUCCAGAGAUUUUCAACUACAUGCGAAAACUAGAACAAAAAUAUAUGCCAGAUCCUUACUAUAUGGAAAAUAUGCAAAGCGAACUCAAAUGGGAAAUGAGAGCUGUGCUUAUUGACUGGGUUGUCCAGGUCCACGAUAAGUUCAAUUUACUACCUGAAACAUUAUACCUCACUGUCAACUACAUUGACCGCUUCCUUUCAAAACGGAAAGUCUCACUAUCACGCUUACAACUCGUUGGAGCAGUUGCCUUUUUCAUUGCUGCAAAGUAUGAAGAGAUUAACUGUCCCACGGUUCAAGAAGUUGCUUUUAUGGCUGAUAACGCAUACACCGUCGACGAGUUCUUGAAAGCCGAAAGGUUCAUGAUAGACGUAUUGGAAUUCGAUAUGGGCUGGCCCGGUCCAAUGUCUUUUUUGAGAAGAACCUCCAAGGCAGAUGACUACGAUUACGAGACUCGUACAUUGGCUAAAUACUUUUUGGAACUCACAAUAAUGGACUCACGGUUUGUUGCCUCGCCGCCAAGUUGGCUAGCUGCUGGCGCACACUAUUUAUCGCGACAUUUGCUUAACCGUGGCCACUGGACAGAGCAGCACGUGUUCUAUAGUGGGUACACCGAACGACAAGUACGGCCCUUGGCAGAGCAGAUGCUUGAGAACUGUAGGUUCCCAGAAAAAAAUCACAAGGCUAUUUUUGAAAAAUAUCAAGAAAGAAGGUAUAGACGAAGCUCUCUUUUUGUUCAAGACUUUUUUGAUGCUUUUGAAUAA